GAUUAUCGUAGUCCUGAUCGGCGUGCUGGGCGGCAUGGCUUCCGGACGGAUCCCGAUAGCCGCCGCGGCGGGCUCAGCGGUGUAUGUACUGUGCUUUCCCUCAAUCUGUGCCCUAGAAGUUCCAAACUCACCAACAAACCAAACCAGCCACAGCACCACCGUGACCUACACCACCGAAAACCCGCCGACCUGCCCAACCGCACAUCACGCCAACUUCGUCCUCUCGAUCGCGCCCUAUAACAACGCCCAAAUGGAACGAACCUUCCACAUCCAGUGCAACACCAGCUACCUAUCCGGCGGCACCCUCACCGUGAAAGCAGAAGCCCCGGGUGCGGGUGACUCGCUCGCAGCCUGCCUGACGGCGUGUGCGCAGGACGCAGAAUGCGUCGGGGCCGUGCGGGUCCGGCCCGAGGCCGCGAGUCGUAAUGGGGGUGAAAGCGGGUGCUUUUUGAAGGAGGCCCUUGAGCUUGCCGUCACGGGCUUCGGAGUUGAAGGCAUCGAGUCCGGGGUUUGGUUGCAGUGACUGAUUCGUUUGUGUGUGCAUGUUGCGCUGGGCUGUAUUGGGCUGUACAUACUGUAUGACUAGACGAGGUGUAUUUUGGGGGGUGGCCAAGUGUGUUUUAUCGCUGGCUGGAGGCCUGGUGUGAUUGUACGUUGCGAUGCUGGGCAUUGGGAAUGUUGCUGUGGUCCUAUUCCUAAUUCCCCCUCUUUUCUUUACCCCUUAUUCUUUUUGUCAUGAGGGUCUGCCGGAGGUGUUAUUGGGUGGAGGUCGAAAAAUCACAUGUA